AGAUGGCGACAUGCAAAUCAAGUAGUCAGACUGGUCGUGACAGCUGGCAGAGCAGAAAAUCUCUUUCAAAAUGUCUCAGACAUUCUCUUGAAAAUAGAAUGUUCAGUGAUGUGACAUUCAAGGUGGGAAGAGAACAGAAGAGCGUUCAGGCUCACAGACUGAUUGUCAGUAUCCGCAGCGGCGUGUUCGAGGCCAUGUUCUACGGACCAUUGGCAGAGCAGGAUGAGAUCGUCAUUCCGGAAGUAGAACACGACAUAUUUGAACAGUUUCUAAGGUACCUCUAUACAGAUGACGUCACAAUGGAUGGUGCCAGUGUAAUGGGUUUGUUGUACGUAUCAAAGAAGUAUAACGUCAAAACCCUGGAACAGAAGUGCCUGGCGUAUUUAUCUUCAUCGAUGACGGCAGACAACGCCUGUGUGAUACUGGAACAGGCCCACGUGUUUGAUGAGCAGGAAUUGAAAGAAAAAGCUCUGACUUUUAUUUUGGAAAAUGGAGAUGCCGCUCUAAAAUCAUCUGGAGUUAUCGACCUUUGUCACGAAUGCUUGGUUAAGAUCAUACAAGCGGAAGAACUGGUGGCCGAUGAACAAUCUGUCUUUGUAGCUGUUCUGGCGUGGAGUGAGAGUGCGUGCAGGAAACAGAACAAAGAUGUAACUCACGAAAACAGACGACAGGUGGUUGGGGAAGCCAUAAAGCACGUGCGGUUUCCCAUAUUUGACCAAAAGUAUUUCGUGAAAAAUGUAGUACCAACUAAUAUGUUGACCGACACAGAAAAACUCAAGAUCUUGGCACACUGCGUAUGUCCCGAUGAAAACGUUUCACCAUUUAACGCCAAAAAGCGCACAGGUAUUAUUCGUCAAGAGAAAAUUACAAUACAGCGCUUCGCCGCCCGACUCUUUGAUUUUGGUUGCUCAUGUUCUAGUGAUGAAGAUCAUGGAAUUAUGUUUUCAGUAAACCAAGACGCAUCACUACUAGGAUUCCAGUUGUAUGGUCCCAAACACAGAACCACUGUAAAUUAUGACGUCAGAGCUUUCAUAACUGACCCGACAAGAGAUGACGUAAUCGAAGGUUCAUCAGUGACAAAGUCAGUCUCAGUCACAGCUGGGACGACAACAUAUGACGUGCAGUUUCCGCGACCCCUAAAACUGAGAAAAGACAAGAAGUACAUUCUGAUUGUUAACAUCGAUGGACCUGGCUCACACUGUGGGUGGUCGGGCAGAUCCACAGUACAGAACGGGUCAUUUGUAUGCUCGUUCUUCACCUGCCAGAAAUCCAAACACAGUAACAAACCAAUCGGAUAUACAGAUGUGAAUCAGGGACAGAUACCUGGUUUGAUGUUUUUAGUAUGACAACCUGUUGUUGGAGAUUAUGUUAUAGUGGAGUAGUGUUGGUAUGGAGUCAUCUUCCUAGUAGUAGCUGGUGGGACUUUCUCUAACAGUCCAGCUAGUAGAGCAUUGGAUUCUUAUAAAUCAGUGCUCGAAAUACUGCCGUCCCGACCACUUUUUUGCCGGUGAACGUCACCACGGGCUGAGAAAUAUGUUUGCCUUUAUAUUUUAUGAUCAUGUUUGGUCUGGUAGGUUUUGAGUUCCCAGGAAUUUCAGCCAAUUUCGACCCCUGCGUAUAGAUGGUCCGUGGUUCCACUCCAUUCAGUAUUGGUUGCUUUACAUACAUAUGUUAAAAUGAGUGGCCCAGAGGCCCGGGACAUAAAUUAACUUUACGGUGUAGUA